ACAAGCCCAAUCUCGUAGGACUUGUUAGCGUAUCACGUGCCAGAUUCUUAAUGAAGUGGACACACGAGGGUCUCGAGUGCGCAUGCGCUUGGUGUAAAAUGUAGUUGGAAAUGAGGUGUCCGUCUUGGAGUAGUCGACUUUUAAAAAGCAUCGGCAGCCCCUGAUAUGACGACUUCGCUGGUCCUGCAUCCACGCUGGGCGGACACCUUGAUGUACGUUUAUGAAAAAAGCCCGAAUGAAAACAACCAGAAUAAAAGCCAAACAAUGGAGGGACUGAGCGGUAAUUGCCCUGCGACCCACUGCAGGGACCUGAUGUCGCACCCCGCGCUGGGACGACAUUCUGGCACCAUAGCGACCCACCAGGGCUCCGUCUACUCGGAUAUUUCUUCUCCAGACACCGGCCGACAGUGUCCCGCUCCACAAACAUCAUCCAGUGCAUCUUUGAGCUACGGUUAUCCCUUUGGAAACCCAUAUUACGGCUGUAGAUUGUCUCAUUCGCACAACGUGAACUUGCAGCAGAAGCCUUGCUCGUACCAUCCCGCAGAGAAAUAUGCCGAGCCCAGCACAGCGCUGCCCACGGAAGAACUGUCUACCAGGGCGAAAGAGUUUGCCUUCUACCCGAGUUUCGCCAGCUCAUAUCAGGCUGUCCCUGGAUAUCUCGACGUGUCGGUGGUGCCUAGUAUCAGUGCCCAUCCCGAACCGAGGCACGACGCCUUGAUCCCCAUGGAGGGCUACCAGCACUGGGCUCUCUCCAACGGCUGGGAUGGGCAGGUGUACUGCUCCAAAGAGCAAACACAGUCAACUCAUCUCUGGAAAUCACCUUUUCCAGAUGUUGUGCCAUUACAGCCUGAGGUCAGCAGUUACCGACGUGGGCGUAAAAAACGUGUCCCUUACACCAAGAUCCAGCUGAAGGAGCUGGAGAAAGAGUAUGCAGCCAGCAAGUUCAUCACCAAAGACAAGAGAAGACGCAUCUCGGCCGCUACCAAUCUCUCAGAGCGUCAAGUCACCAUCUGGUUUCAAAACCGGCGAGUCAAGGAGAAGAAAUUUGUCAGUAAAUCCAAGAGUAAUCACAUGCACACCACUUGAUAAGAUCAACGACUUCUUUGAAAGUACAACUCAUACCUUCCAACACAUCAUGCCAUAUAUUUACCUCUUGCAUCGAAAAAUCGUGGCUGAAGAACAUUUUGGCAGUGUUUUUUAUUUUAUUUAACUUCCAACAUCUCCAUCGACCAUGCCACCACGCCCCCUGUUUUCAAGUUAGAGCUAAUGCUCUAAAAACUGUGAAAAUAUUGAAAGUUCACUUCACAUUUGUUUUAUAUGAAUGUACAUAUAUAAAUAUAUAAUAUUUAAAACGAUAUCUGUAUUUCAAAGACAAGUGUUGCGUGUUUUUUUCUUUUAGUGUGUUCAAGCCAAAUCUCAAAAGGACUGAUGGCAUUUCUUAAAGUUACAAUGAACAGAUCAAAACAAAGGAAACAGUUUGAUGUCAUUUUAGAAAGAUAAUCGCCACAUGGACAUAAUUUGUGGCGUAAUGACACGUUGAACUUGAGAUUUCUUCAAGAAAAAAGCUCACAAAGGACUUUCGAAAGAAAGAAAGAAUGAUUUUCUUUUUUAAAUAUUCCUUCUGAAUUUCAAAAGCUUUGUUCCUCUGUGUGGGAAAUGUUCUCUUAAACCUGGGGUAAAACAAAGGCUCCUAUGUUGUUAAUCUGUAUAGUGCAAUGCCUUUUUAUUUAAUUCAUAUUAUCUAGUAUGGCGGAACUGUAAACUGGAAUAUCCCAAGACCUGUAUGUUUUCCUUUGUCAUUGAAGGAUUCUGUCAUGCAACUGGAAUGAUUGUAAACCAUUAAAAGUCAGUGAGUAUUACACAUAAAUGCACAAUCGUUUUAUUUUGUUUUUGUUGUCUUUGUUAGUGUAGCAUUGCAGCUGAUCACACGCCUUGUGAAGCCUGUAUUUUCUACUUUGGUGCGGUAUGUGAACUGUAUUGUGGUGUUGAAUUACGUACUGGAAACGUGUUUCAUAAAUAAAUGAUGAUUAUGAAAACGCUUAAA